UCCGAUCGCAAGGUUAUUUUGGAUGGAAACUGCACUUCGUCAAACUCAUUGAGCGAUGGGGGACGAGAGCAACAGCGGCGCGGCGACGGCGCAGCAGAAGGAGCUCGAUGUCAUCUUGAAGGGCGUCGACAUGAGUGACGAGAUGCGGAGCCACGCAUGUGCCUGUGCUCGCGCCGCGUUCCAAGAGCAUACGGUGGAGAAGAACAUCGCCGAGUACAUCAAAAAGGAGUUCGACGCCAAAUACGGGCAGAGUUGGCACUGCAUUGUGGGUCGCAACUUCGGUACACGCAUCGAUCUUGUUUUGCCAUCUUCUUCUUGUGCUUAAUCCUUGAUGUUUAUUGUG